UCUUAACUCCCCCAUCCCCUCCUCACUUCUCUCCAUUGCCUUUCCUUCUUCCUCCUCCACCGCCGCCGCCGUCACAUUUUCCGGCGAUAGCAGAAAUUGCGAUUCUGCAAGGACUAAUAGUGGAGAUCGUAGUGUUUCAGUGCUUCCUGUGAGUCGACGUCUAGGGGAACAAUUCUGAGGAGAAAGUUGGGAGAGUUGAAAUCAUGGCAGGAGAGCCACUGAAAGUGCUGGACGCAUUGGAUGUAGCCAAAACCCAAUGGUACCAUUUCACUGCAAUUGUAAUCGCAGGAAUGGGAUUUUUCACAGAUGCCUAUGAUCUCUUCUGCGUGUCUCUCGUGACCAAACUUUUGGGCCGAAUUUACUAUCACAAAGAAGGCUCAACCAAGCCUGGUGAAUUGCCCUCUAACGUAGCCGCCGCCGUAAAUGGCGUCGCUUUCUGCGGAACUCUCUCUGGCCAGCUCUUCUUUGGGUGGCUUGGUGACAAGAUGGGUCGAAAACGAGUCUACGGAAUGACUCUUAUGCUUAUGGUCAUUUGCUCUGUAGCUUCAGGCCUAUCUUUCGGCGGCCACCCAUCAUCUGUGGUGGCUACUCUGUGUUUUUUCCGAUUCUGGCUCGGAUUUGGCAUCGGCGGCGAUUACCCACUUUCGGCCACCAUCAUGUCGGAAUAUGCCAAUAAAAAGACACGAGGGGCCUUCAUCGCCGCCGUAUUUGCAAUGCAGGGGUUUGGGAUUUUGGCCGGUGGGGUAGUGGCAAUUAUUGUGUCCUCCGCUUUUGACGCCAAAUUCCCAGCUCCGUCGUACCAGGAAAAUCCCGCCGCCUCCACCGUCCCAGAGGCUGAUUAUGUGUGGCGAAUUAUUGUGAUUUUUGGUGCUUUUCCGGCUCUGCUCACUUAUUACUGGCGAAUGAAAAUGCCUGAAACUGCUCGUUACACCGCCUUGGUUGCAAAAAAUGCGAAACAGGCGGCCGCCGAUAUGUCUAAAGUACUGCAGGUUGAAUUAGAAUCGGAGCAGGAUAAAAUCGAUGAGGGGAAAUCGAAGAAUGAUUUUGGGUUGUUCACGAGGAGUUUUCUUCGUCGACAUGGACUUCACCUGCUGGGGACUACCUCUACUUGGUUCUUGUUGGACAUCGCAUUUUACAGUCAGAAUCUCUUUCAGAAGGACAUUUUCACGGCCAUUGGUUGGCUUCCUCCGGCAAAGACGAUGAACGCCAUUGAAGAGGUUUACAGAAUCGCCAGAGCUCAAACCCUCAUUGCAUUGUGCAGUACAGUACCUGGGUAUUGGUUCACUGUGGCGCUCAUCGACGUAAUGGGACGAUUUGUAAUUCAGUUGAUGGGGUUUUUCUUCAUGACGGUAUUCAUGUUCGCAAUAGCCAUUCCGUACAAGCACUGGACUCUGGAAUCCAACAGAAUUGGGUUUGUCGUGAUGUAUUCCCUGACGUUCUUCUUCGCGAAUUUCGGGCCAAACGCCACCACAUUCGUGGUUCCGGCGGAGAUAUUUCCAGCCAGGCUCCGGUCAACCUGCCAUGGAAUAUCAGCUGCAUCUGGAAAAGCAGGGGCCAUUAUUGGGGCGUUUGGAUUUCAAUAUGCGGAAAAGGCGAUUGGAGUGAAAAAGACAUUGAUAAUUCUCGGUGUAGUGAAUGCUCUUGGGAUGUUCUUCACUUUUUUGGUUCCUGAAUCGAAGGGGAAGUCUUUGGAAGAGGUAUCCGGUGAAGCUGGAGAAGGCGACGAGAGCAUAACAGAGUCGAGGACUCAUUCUAUACCUGUUUGAACGUUCUUCCGGAGGUCUGUCUUUUUUCUUCUUUCUCUUUAUGCGUAGUUUCAUUUAAAACAAGAUUCCAUGUGUUCUAUACGGUACGGCAAUCUUCGUAUUAGAAGUCGCCGAUCAACCGCCCACAAGAUUGCUUCUUCGGAAAAUAUAAUGGCAAAUGACAAAGACUUCGUAUUUUCAGAACAUAUUAUAUAAACAAAUUAAAUGUUGGAAGUUGUUUAAAAUAUUUGAAAAUAGAACUUCUUGUAUUUGGUAUUGUAUUUUACAAUUUAAUAUAAAUAAAUAAUAUUUUUAUUUA